UCAGAAGCCAUUCUUCUUCAGAGGUUCUUCUUUUAAGCUUUUGCAUUCCCAGUUUUUUGAGCAGUGGAUUCGAAUAUUUACCUGCAAGAGCUGUGAAGAGGGAGGGAUGUUGGAAGUGAAAGUUUUUGUAUUGGAAUCUGUUCUGGUGGUUUCACUUUGUUGCUUCACAAUUCCUGCUGCUGCAGAAAAAACUACCAAUCCAUCCGAAGUCAAUGCAUUACAAGCUAUCAAGAGUAAAUUAAUUGAUCCUAUGAAUCAUCUUGAUGCUUGGAAUAAUGGAGAUCCAUGUAGAACAAAUUGGAAUGGAGUUUUGUGCUACGAUACAGUUGGAGCAGAUGGCUACAAGCAUGUACAAGAAUUGCAUUUACUAAAUAUGAAUCUCUCUGGAUAUUUAGCACCUGAAAUUGGUCAGCUAUCCAAUAUUACAGUAUUGGAUUUUAUGUGGAAUAAUAUCGGUGGAAUUAUACCAAAGGAGGUUGGGAAUAUUUCAACUUUGCAGCUCUUGCUUUUGAAUGGAAACAAAUUAUCAGGUUCCUUACCCGAUGAGAUUGGCCAUCUUCCUCAAUUAAAAAGGCUCCAGGUAGACCAGAAUCAAUUAUCAGGUCCACUACCAAGAUCAUUUGCAAACUUAAAUGGAACUGAACAUCUCCAUAUGAACAAUAACUCUUUUUCUGGGCAAAUUCCACCUGAGCUUUCCAAAUUAUCAAAUAUUCUUCACUGGGUUCUGGACAAUAAUAACUUAUCAGGUUAUCUUCCAUCAGAGUUCUCUAACAUGCCGAACUUGCGGAUAUUACAACUGGACAACAACCACUUUGAUGGGGCUCAGAUUCCAGCUUCUUAUGGCAACAUGUCAAAAUUAUUCAAACUAAGUCUUAGGAACUGCAGUUUGCAAGGUCCUAUUCCUGAUUUAAGUAGGAUGGAAAAACUUCGCUAUUUAGAUCUUAGCUGGAAUCAUUUGAAUGGAUCCAUACCAUCAAAUAAGCUACCUAAUAAUAUCACGACUAUUGAUUUGUCAAACAACCACCUUAGUGGGUCAAUACCUGCAAGUUUCUCAGAUCUUCCUAAACUGCAGAACCUUUCACUUGCAAACAAUUUGUUGAAUGGCUAUAUUUCUUCUACCAUGUGGCAGAAUAAGUCCUUUGGUCCGACUGCAAGACUCACAUUGGAUUUCCAAAACAAUUCCCUUUCAAACAUUUUGGGGGACCGUAAUCCUCCUGCGAAUGUCAUCAUAAGGCUUCAAGGCAAUCCUUUCUGUCAAAAUCCAAGUCAAGAAAACAUAAAAUACUUCUGUGGACAUGAAGUUGGAGGCAGCAAUGCAAGCAGCAACCCAACCAACCAAUCAAGUGUUUGUCUGAUCCAAGAAUGUCCCUAUGAAUAUGUCCCCGAAUCUCCUUUCAAGUGCUUUUGUGCAGCCCCUCUUCAACUUGAUUAUCGUCUAAAGAGUCCCAGCUUCUCAUAUUUUCCUCCUUAUGAAGAUCAAUUUGAGAUGUACCUGGCUGAAUCCCUCAGUAUGGAUCCUUAUCAAAUCUUUGUUAAUUUUCCUAUCUGGGAACCAGGUCCCAGGCUAAGGAUGUACUUGAAGAUUUUCCCUGCGUACAACUCACAUGAAUUAAAUAAAAGUGAGGUUCUACGAGUCAGGCGCAAAUUUAUGACAUGGGAUUUUCCUACUGACAACUUUUUUGGGCCAUAUGAUCUGCUCAACUUCACUCUUUUGGGGCCUUAUUCUAGUGUGGAUAUCGAGUCCCAAAGGUCAGGGAUGAGCAAUGGUGCAUUGGCUGGCAUUGUAUUAGGGUCAGUUGCUUGUGUAGUUUCAAUAUCUGGUCUCUUUGCAAUUCUAAUUAUCAUAAGAAGACAGGCAACAAACUACCAACACUUGUCAAGAAAACGAGCAACAUCAAGUUUAAUCAAAAUUGCUGGCGUGAAGGACUUCACUUUAAAAGAAUUGGCUCUUGCUACAGACAAGUUCAGUGACUCAUCUCAAGUUGGUCAAGGAGGUUAUGGAAAGGUUUACAAAGGGGUCCUACCAGACAAAACAAUUGUGGCUAUAAAGCGUGCGCAGGAAGGAUCCUUACAAGGUCAAAAGGAAUUCUUAACAGAAAUAGAAAUUUUGUCAAGGCUGCAUCACCGGAAUCUGGUUUCUUUGCUUGGAUAUUGUGAUGAAGAAGGGGAACAGAUGCUGAUUUAUGAAUUCAUGCCUAAUGGCACACUGCGGGAUUGGCUUUCUGCUAAAUCAGAAGGUUGUCUGAGUUUCGUUGCAAGGUUGCACAUUGCAUUAGGUUCUGCAAAAGGCAUCCUUUAUCUCCACACUGAAGCAGACCCUCCUAUUAUCCACCGGGAUGUCAAAGCUAGCAACAUACUUCUUGACUUGAAGCUUAAUGCUAAGGUUGCUGAUUUUGGACUCUCACGGCUUGCACCAGUUCCAAAUGAUGAAGGAGCAAUACCUAAUCAUAUAUCCACCGUUGUGAGAGGCACCCCGGGCUACCUCGAUCCAGAAUACUUCUUGACCCAGACAUUAACAGCUAAGAGUGAUGUCUAUAGCCUUGGUGUUGUAUUUUUGCAACUCGUGACAGGGAUGCAAGCAAUAACACAUGGUAAAAACAUUGUUCGUGAGGUGAACAUCGCAUACCAAUCUGGUAUAGUGUUUUCAAUCAUAGACAACCAGAUGGGCCCCUAUCCCUCUGAAUGCAUCGAAAAGUUCUUGGCUUUGGCCCUCAGGUGUUGCAAAGAUGAAACAGAUGAACGGCCAUCAAUGUCAGAUGUUGUCAGGGAGCUAGAGAGCAUAAUUUCUAUGAGUUCAGAGUCUGAUAUGAGUUUGCCAGACUCCACAACAUCUUAUUCCAAAAAUUUGAUGCCAUCAUCUUCCUCAGCCUGUGUAUCAAACGAUGUCUCAGAUGAUGUUUCAGGCAGUGAUCUUGUCAGUGGUGUCAUGCCUAGCUUAACACCUCGCUGAAAAGAAAAGGAAAAGAGGGGCAAAAAUUCCCCGAAUCUGUGAUUCAGAGAUUUCAAGAAUGCAAUGCCUUUAUUAUUAUAUUUUUUUUUUUGGUAUGGUUAUAGUUUAUCGGUCUGGGCAUGAAUAUUCCUAUUUGGAUAGUUGCUUUUGAAGAUACAAUUGGAUGCAAUUGAGAAUGCCAAAUGGUUAUAUUUCUCGUUUUGGUUGUGUACAUGUUAUAGCAUGUUUAGGGCAAUGAAGCUCUUCAUGUGUUUAUUUUUCUUA